UUCAGUUACACGUUGGAGCCUUGGCCACCAGGUUGAAAACUUUAAAAGCCAAAAAAUUAUUCCGUUGUUUACUGCUCAACCGUUCAACAGGCUCACACAUUCCCGUAAAUCCAAACCCAAGCCCAAAAGAUGGCGUUCUGUGGCCGCGUAAGCGCAUCUGGUGAAAUAGUCCUCAGAGAUGAGAUCUUCAGCAGCACCACCCGGCUCAGGCGGUCCUCGUCGUCCAGUGAUUCGCCGAACUCGAUGUCGUCGCCGGACUCGCUCCCACAGAACAUCACCUCUCGCACCUUCUCCAUCAAGGACGACAACGGCAAUCCGGCGGUCCAGUCUGGGGACCAUUGGUCGGACCUGUACGACGGACUGAGGAGGUCCGAGAGCCAAAGCAACGUGGUACCCUCGCUAUGUUUCAGCACCCAGAAGAGCCCACUCAACUAUCUCAGGCACAUAGAAGGCAUUAAGGUGGGUCGCGAGCCAGAGGCGGCCUAUGAGAACUGGUACUCGGCCAAGCAGCGGCUUCGCCUGGAGCGGCAGCAGCGUCUCAAGCAGGAGCAGCAGUACAAACAGCAGAUGCUGGAGGAGCGCAAGCAGCUGGCCCAGGUGUGCUACGACCAGUGGCUGAAGGACAAGGCCCGCCGGUCGGCGAACCUGCAGCUGGAGAACCACCUGCAAGCCGCCGCCAUGAAGGCCAGUCUUGCGCUGGGCAAGAGUCCGCUGCCAUCGCUGACGUCCCCGUCCACCUCGUUGGGAUCCGGUGCCAGCUCUUCGUCAACCACCAGGCCCAUGCGCAACGUGUCCCAGGACGAGAUCCGUCAGGUCGUGGAGGAGUGGUGGUUGAAGAAGCAGCAGCAGCAGCAGGCGCAUCGCGAGGAAAAACGCCGUGCCAUGUUGUCCAGGGCUCUGGAUGAGGAACGCCGCAAGCAACUCGCCCAGGCUGCCUGGAGGAAGUGGAUGAGCAACGUGGAAGCGAAGCCCAAGCCGGUGCCCCUCAAUCAGGGCAUGGACUCUCUGCGAGGCACCAUCUCGAAGCUCUACGUGAACCCUUCGCCCUGGCUGGGUCCCCUAAAGCCGCCAAGCAAGUAGUUCGUCAAACCGGCCACUCCAGACAGAUUCUUUUGCCGAUGCAAACGUUAUUCGUCAUUCUAAUUGUCCACAAAUUAUUUAAAAUGUAGAAAAAGUGUUUCUUGAGCUCAUGGGAAAAAUAAAAAUUAUUUUUCUCCA